AUGGGAGCCCCUACUGUCAACUAUCCGACCGUCGUGCCAGCAAUAAAUCAGGUGGUCGACGUAGUCGCAAAGCGCGUGGUUGGAGUGCGCGAGAAUGGCCCAACUCUUAUCCAUUUUGAGUUUGGAAAAGGAACGCUUGAGACCGUCGAAGGGUUUGAGCCGGCCUUUAAAGCCGAAAUCUUCCACGGCGCCGACUGGCUCUCUUUUGACUCCGACGAGAAGCACGCCCGUAUUGAUGUGAAGGCCGUGGCACAGACCGAGGAUGGGGAGACUAUCAACUUUCCCUACCACGGCGUCGUGACGCUUGACAAGGAUGUUUUGAGCAUCUUCAACAUGGAGCCCACAUCCAAAACUAUCCCAUUUGGUGCCAGCACCAAUACACACUAUUUCCACUGUGGAUCGGAGAAGCUUAAGGAACUCGAGAACAUGACAUUCAUCGGAAACAGCCGCAUGAUUGUGAACGAAGAAACAAGGGCAAUCCAGGUCGAGACUCGCAUCUCGAGAGUCAUAGCGGCAACAGGCAUGGAGUAG